CGAGAGCGGCGGGGAAAGUGGUCGGUUCUCCAGCCUCACCGGCUCAGGACGAGGCAGCAGUGUGGAGAAGGUGCAGGUGAUGUGGAGUGAAGGUUCUGGUGACAGGAUGACGGUGGCCAAGCUGCUCCUCUCCUCCUUCCUCCUACACUCGUUCAGUGAAGCCUUUAACCAACCUCCACGGUUCCAGAAUUACUUCUUCCAGUCAUACCUGCUGAUCUAUGAGAACACUCCAGUGGGUUCAUCAGUGACUCAGCUCCAGGCAGUGGACCCUGAUGGAGAGCCGUUGAUUUUUGGUGUGGUCGGUGAGGAAGCCUCACGCUUCUUUGCUGUUCAGGAGAACACUGGGGUGGUGUGGCUCCGGCAGCCGCUCGACCGUGAGAGCAAGUCUGAGAUGCAGGUGGUGUUUUCUGUCAGUGACAGUCAGGGGGUGGUGAAGGACACAGUGAACAUCCAGAUUGGAGAUGUGAAUGACAACGCCCCAUCCUUCCACAACCAGCCCUACACGGUGAACAUACCAGAGGACACUCCAGUGGGGACCUCAGUGUUCAUGGUUAAUGCUACAGACCCUGACCAGGGCACCGGGGGCAGUGUGCUUUUCUCCUUCCAGCCUCAAUCUCCAUUCUUCUCCAUCGAUGGAGCUCGAGGAAUCGUCACAGUGUCCAGACGACUGGACUACGAGACGACAACAGCCUACCAGCUUACUGUCAAUGCUACGGACCAGGACAAGCUCCGCCCUCUCUCUAGUCUAGCUAACUUGGCCAUCACUAUCACUGAUGUUCAGGACAUGGACCCUAUCUUUACUAAUCUGCCCUACAGCACCAAUGUAGAGGAGGAAGCACCACUGGGCUUUGAGGUGCGAAAGAUCAGAGCGAUCGAUCAAGACCUGGGUCGACCUCGCGGAAUCGGGUAUACCAUCGUAUCAGGGAACACCAACAGUGUGUUUGCUCUGGACUACAUCAGUGGGUCCCUGACCGUGAACGGCCGACUGGACCGAGAGAACCCACUUUACUCUGCAGGAUUCAUACUCACAGUGAGGGGUACUGAGCUGAAUGAUGAUCGUACUCCCUCUGCUGCCUCCGUCCUCACCACCUUCACCAUCCUCCUCAUCGAUAAGAACGAUAACGCUCCCAAGUUUAACAGCUCUGAGUACCGUGUGCGCAUCACUGAACUGGCCCAGGUGGGCUUUGCCCUGCCCCUGUCCAUACAGGUGGAGGACAAAGACGAGUCACUAGGAGUGAACAGUAUGUUUGAGGUCAUUCUAAUUGGGAAUAAUUCGGACCACUUCACCAUCUCCCCCACGUCCGUGCAGGGCCGUGCUGAUAUCCGUGUGCGUGUAGCUGUGCCCCUGGACUUUGAGACUAUCAGGAGCUACAGCUUUUCACUGUACGCAAACGAGUCUCUGUCUGAACACGUGGGCUUCGCCAGAGUCUUCAUCGACCUGAUCAACGAGAACGACAACAGGCCGGUGUUCAGCCGGACGCUCUAUAACAUCAGCUUACUGGAGAGCACGCCGACCGGAACGUCUCUGCUGCAGAUACAGGCCACAGAUAAUGACUUUGGGACGUUCGGCGUGGUGCGCUACUACUUCAGUGACGAGCCAGACCAGUUCUCACUGGAUGCGGACACAGGCUGGGUGACUCUGAAGGACCGGCUGGAUUACGAGCUGAUGCGUCGCUACACUCUGACCAUACUGGCCCGGGAUGGAGGAGGGGAGGAGACUACAGGUCGUCUCCGCGUCAAUGUGAUGGACGUGAACGACAACCCGCCCGUCUUCCAGAAGGACGCGUAUAUGGGCUCGCUGAUGGAGAAUGAGCAGGCCCCCCAGCAGGUGGCCAGAGUGAGGGCAACUGAUGAGGACUCUCCUCCUAAUAACAUCUUGACCUACUCCAUCAUAUAUGCCUCGCAGUUCCAGAGUUAUUUCAGCAUUACCAUGGUGGAAGGGUAUGCAGUGAUCAUGGUGAACAGACCUUUAGACUAUGAGCAGAUUCCUGGAGGGAUGAUCUAUCUGACCCUGAUGGCCAGAGACGGGGGGAAUCCUGCCCUGAACAGCACCGUGCCGAUUACUGUGGAGCUGUUUGAUCAGAAUGAUAACCCUCCUGAAUUCAGCCAGCCUUCAUAUAUUGUCAGAAUUCCCGAGAACAUGGUUGCGGGGGCAACGGUGUUGUUUGUGACGGCCACAGAUCUAGAUGCAUCGAGAGAAUUUGGCCAGGCUUCUCUGAUCUACUCCCUCCAGGGACCCUCUGAGUUCAGACUCAACACACGCUCGGGAGAGAUUACCACCACAGCCCUGCUGGAUCGUGAGGUGAAAUCUGAGUACAUCCUGAUUGUGCGAGCAGUGGACGGAGGGGUGGGGCCUCUGCAGAAGACGGGCAUCGCAACGGUGAACAUAACUAUACUGGACAUUAACGAUAAUGCCCCCAUCUGGCAGGACGAGCCCUAUCUGGCUAACGUUGUGGAAAUGAGUCCGAUCAAUACUGAUGUCAUCUCUGUGCUGGCGUUGGACCCUGAUAAUGGAGAGAAUGGUACAGUCACGUACAGCAUCAGUCCAGCCAACCCCUUCUACAUCAUCAACAACCGGACAGGCAAAAUCCGCACCAGUGGGGCCAUUCUGGACAGAGAGAGUCUGGACCCCAGAGCCACUCAGCUCAUGAGGACCAUCGUCAUCUCGGCCACUGACCGUGGAAACCCGCCACUGCGUUCUUCAGCCAGCACCACGGUCUACGUCAACCUGCUGGACCUCAAUGACAACGACCCUGCCUUCCUCAACCUGCCGUUUGUCGCUGAGGUCCCAGAGGGCCUUCCUAUUGGAUCAUCCGUCUUCAGGGUGCAGGUGCAAGACCCUGAUGAAGCGGAGAAUGGAGCGGUCACGCUGGGGCUGCAGGUGGGCAUGCCCCGGCUGGACUUCCGCCUUAACAGCAGCACAGGGGUGCUGUUCUCCACAGCCGCACUGGACCGUGAGCAGAUCGGACAGUACUACCUGAGGCUGGUGGCCUUCGACGCUGGACAGUACCCCCGCACCUCCACCAGCACCCUUACAAUCACAGUGUUGGAUGUUAAUGAUGAGACGCCCACGUUUUUCCCACGUGUGUAUAACGUCUCAGUGCUGGAGAGUGUCCCGCGUGAUUUUGUGGUGGUUAGGCUCAACUGCUCUGAUAAUGAUGCCGGACUCAACGCCGAGCUCAGCUACUUCAUCACAGGUGGGAACCAGGAUGGGAAGUUCAGUGUGGGUUUCAGGAACGGUGUGGUACGCACUGUGGUGGACCUGGACCGCGAAACACAAGCAUCGUACACACUCGUCAUCGAGGCCAUCGAUAAUGGCCCAGCUGGGGAUAGAAAGACAGGCACGGCCACAGUUUAUGUGGAAGUGCUGGACGUUAAUGACAACAGGCCCAUCUUCCUUCAGAACAGCUAUGAGACCACCAUUCUGGAGAGUGUGCCAAGAGGAACCAGUAUACUGCAGGUCCAGGCUACGGAUGCUGAUCAGGGAGAGAAUGGCAGGGUUCUGUACCGAAUUCUCUCGGGUAACAGUGGUGGUCAGUUCAGUAUAGACCUCCUAUCUGGUCUGAUCACUCGUGGGCAGCGAGCGCUGGACAGAGAGACAAGUAGUUCACACCUGCUGGAGGUGGAGGCCUACAACAGUGACCAGGGCAGCAUGAGGAGCUCCGUCAGGGUAAUCUUGUAUGUAGAGGAUGUCAAUGACGAGCGUCCUGUCUUCACUCAGCAGCAGUACAACAGGCUGGGACUCAGAGAGACCGCGGGAAUCGGAACCUCUGUUAUCGUGGUUCGAGCUGCUGACCCAGACACAGGAGAUGGAGGUGCAGUAUCAUAUGCUAUGGUUGCUGGUUCGGACCGUAAGUUUGAGGUGGACAUCAGCACAGGUUUGGUGACCACAGUGGACUACCUGGAUUACGAGACCAAGACCAGUUACCUGAUGAACAUCUCAGCCACAGACCAGGCCCCUCCCUUCAACCGGGCCUUCUGCACCGUGUAUGUAACUCUGCUGAACGAGCUGGACGAGGCUGUGGCCUUCCUUUUGGCUGGUUAUGAAGCCUUGCUUCGGGAGAACGUUGCCACAGGAACGGAGGUGAUCCAGGUGCGGGCUCAGUCGGCUGAUAACCUGAACCAGUUGACCUAUCGCUUUGACCCAGACACAUCCCCCGCUGCACUCGCCCUCUUCAAGAUCGACAGUGUCACGGGUCGAAUCACUGUAACUGGUCAGAUUGAUCGAGAGAAGGGCGACUCCUACACCCUCACUGUGGUUGCUGAUGAUGGAGGGCCUAAAAGAGGCUCCACUGUGAAGGUGUCCAUAACCAUUCUCGAUGAAAAUGACAACAGCCCUGAGUUUGACCUCACAUCGGACUUGUCAGUGAAUGUUCCAGAGGACACGCCCAUGGGCCGGAGAGUGGCUGUGGUGCUGGCGCGGGACAGAGAUGCUGGAAGAAAUGGACUGGUGAACUUUACGUUGGCGGCAGGGAACAUGCAGGACGUGUUCGAGAUCCGAACGAUUAACAACACAUACGGAGACAUUUAUGUAAAUGCCCCCCUCGACAGAGAAGCGAUAGACCGCUACCUGCUCAAGGUGAGAGGAUCUCAUCUACUGUAGAAGCCACAGCACAUAAU